AUGGCUGAAUAUCCGGUUGCGUACAAUGGCACCACCGACACUGGUGGUGACUCGCUUCAUGAUGACUUGAACAUCUACUACAGUUCUGGUGAUAUCUCAUGGGUCAUUGUAUCCACAGCCCUAGUGUUGCUGAUGAUUCCUGGAGUUGGAUUCUUCUACUCCGGUCUAGCUCGUCGCAAGUCAGCACUCUCGCUGAUAUGGCUCUCGAUCAUGUCGGUCGGUGUGGUUUCAUUUCAAUGGUUCUUCUGGGGUUAUUCACUGGCCUUCUCCCACUCAGCCGGUACCUACAUCGGUAACCUCGAUAACUUCGGCUUCAAGGGUGUUCUCGCCGCGCCAUCUGUGGGAAGUGACAAGGUUCCCGAUCUCCUGUUCGCCAUCUUCCAGGGCAUGUUCGCCGCUAUUACUGUUGCUCUUGCUGUCGGCGCAGUCGCUGAGCGUGGUCGCAUGCUCCCCUGCAUUAUCUUCAUGUUCGUCUGGUCCACUAUCAUCUACGACCCCAUCGCCUGCUGGACAUGGAACUCGUCGGGAUGGGUGUUCAAGCUCGGAGGUCUUGACUUUGCUGGUGGUACCCCCGUACACAUUGCUUCCGGAUCUGCCGCGCUCGCCUACUCCCUGAUGCUCGGCAAGCGUCGUGGCCACGGAACCCACGAGCUCAACUACCGCCCUCACAAUGUCACCCACGUUGUCAUCGGCACCGUGUUCCUGUGGGUCGGCUGGUUCGGAUUCAACGCUGGCUCUGCUCUCUCUGCCAACCUGCGUGCGGUUAUGGCUGCCGUUGUCACUAACCUGGCUGCCUCCGUUGGAGGUGUGACCUGGUGUUUGAUGGACUACAGACUGGAGCGCAAGUGGUCGACCGUCGGCUUCUGCUCUGGUGUCAUUGCUGGUCUUGUUGCUAUCACCCCCGGCUCUGGAUUCGUCACUCCCUGGGCUGCUUUCAUCUUCGGUGUGGUUGGUGCCAUUGCAUGCAACUACGCUACUAAGCUCAAGUUCCUCCUUGGAGUUGAUGACGCUCUCGAUAUCUUUGCUGUCCACGGUGUCGGGGGUCUGGUUGGAAACCUCCUGACUGGCAUUUUCGCUGCUGAUUAUAUUGCGCAUCUGGAUGGUGUCACCGAGAUCGAUGGCGGCUGGAUCAACCAUCACUAUAUCCAGCUGGGAUACCAGCUUGCCGACUCGGUCACCGGAAUGGCAUACGCCUUCUUCGGAACCUGUAUCAUUCUCUUCAUUAUGAACCUCAUCCCGGGUCUUAGCUUGCGCGCACCCGAGGAAGAUGAGAUCAUGGGUAUUGACGACGCCGAAAUUGGCGAGUUUGCCUACGAUUAUGUCGAGAUCCGCCGUGAUGUUGUCGAUGGCGUUGAGAGCUCAGAAACUGCCUCCAAGCGCACUACUACACCCACCGGCGAGAUUGACACCAAGGCUUAG